AUCUACGUACACUUCCUUUAUCGAGGGCCACGGUGCAUGGUACACAGUAGACUCUGUUCAGCAUUCAGCCACUGUUGUUUGAUAAAUGCUAUAGAGGUAGACUAGGUAUGAAUAGAAGAAAGCAAGGAGUUUUGGUCGUGCUGACAGUGUUCAUGAGCUGCCUGCUUGUGGCGUAUUUGGCUGUCAUCACUACCCACCACAAUGGCCUUACUCUGUUCGCAAGAGACCAUGAAUCAUGGCACAGUGGUGAUAAUGACUCCUGGAGUGGAUCUGGAACGCAGUCAGAACUGUACCCCACACCUGUGUUCAACCCCACUUGUCAAGCGCUGGAGCAGUUGGCUGCAACUUCUGGAACCUGUACCACUAGUGACCAGUGUACUGGGUUAAACUGUGUGGUGAUUGGAAUUGGCUCAGUUGAUUUUCGUAUUGAACCAUGUCAUAACCCACCAGCUGUACAUGUUGUUGGCAAGGAUGCAUCUGGGAUAGUUAUAGUGAAUGAAACACUUACUAAGUCUCGUCAAGAAAGCUUUGGACUUGGCACUUUAAACAUCAACAUUAUGCAAUCCCCAAAUGAAGACUCGAUUUCUAUAAGUGUUACUGCUUCUGUAGUUGCAGGAAUUGCCCCCGUUACAAUCAUUCCUGAAACAACAAUUCCUCUUAACAGAGCACAGUGCCCUCACGCUGUCACACCCACACAACCCACUACUACCCAUACGUUUACUCCGCUACGUAUGCCAUCGCCCACACCAAGAGUGAGCGAAACAUGUGAUUCACUGCAACAGCUGGCUAGCUCAUCUCAAUUGUGUAUCACCAAUGUCCAAUGCUCUGGACUUCACUGUGAACUUCCUGGUGGUGUUACUGGCUCGUUUGACGUUACUGUGGAGCCUUGUCAUAACCCACCAGCUGUGAAUGUGGUUCAAAGGAAUGCACUUGGGGAAGUCAUUUACAAUGAAACACUUACUAAGUCUCGUAAAGAAAACUUUGGACUUGGCACUUUAAACAUCAACCUUAUGCAAUCCCCAAAUGAAGAUUCGAUUUCUAUAAACGUUACUGUUUCUGUAGUUGCAGGAACUGCCCCCGUUACAAUCAUUCCUGAAACAACAAUUCCUCUUAACAGAGCGCAAUGCCCUCACGCUGUCACACCCACUACUACCCGUACGUUUACUCCGCUACGUAUGCCAUCGCCCACACCAAGAGUGAGCGAAACAUGUGAUUCACUGCAACAGCUGGCUAGCUCAUCUCAAUUGUGUGUCACCAAUGUCCAAUGCUCUGGACUUCACUGUGAACUUCCUGGUGGUGUUACUGGCUCGUUUGAUGUUACUGUGGAGCCUUGUCAUAACCCACCAGCUGUGAAUGUGGUUCAAAGGAAUGCACUUGGGGAAGUCAUUUACAAUGAAACACUUACUAAGUCUCGUAAAGAAAACUUUGGACUUGGCACUUUAAACAUCAACCUUAUGCAAUCCCCAAAUGAAGAUUCGAUUUCUAUAAAUGUUACUGUUUCUGUAGUUGCAGGAACUGCCCCCGUUACAAUCAUUCCUGAAACAACAAUUCCUCUUAACAGAGCGCAAUGCCCUCACGCUGUCACACCCACUACUACCCGUACGUUUACUCCGCUACGUAUGCCAUCGCCCACACCAAGAGUGAGCGAAACAUGUGAUUCACUGCAACAGCUGGCUAGCUCAUCUCAAUUGUGUGUCACCAAUGUCCAAUGCUCUGGACUUCACUGUGAACUUCCUGGUGGUGUUACUGGCUCGUUUGAUGUUACUGUGGAGCCUUGUCAUAACCCACCAGCUGUGAAUGUGGUUCAAAGGAAUGCACUUGGGGAAGUUAUUUACAAUGAAACACUUACUAAGUCUCGUAAAGAAAACUUUGGACUUGGCACUUUAAACAUCAACCUUAUGCAAUCCCCAAAUGAAGAUUCGAUUUCUAUAAAUGUUACUGUUUCUGUAGUUGCAGGAACUGCCCCCGUUACAAUCAUUCCUGAAACAACAAUUCCUCUUAACAGAGCGCAAUGCCCUCGCGCUGUCACACCCACACAACCCACUACUACCCGUACGUUUACUCCGCUACGUAUGCCAUCGCCCACACCAAGAGCGAGCGAAACAUGUGAAUCACUGCAACAGCUGGCUAGCUCAUCUCAAUCUUCUUCCCGUCCACCUAUGGGAACGUUUUACACGGCUGUUAUCGUCACAACCACUAGGAACACAUCCACUAUGGUCUCACCAUCCAAGCUUCCCUCAGGAUCCAGUCAGUCAAUAACGAUAGCUGUGGCCGUGCCUGUGACAAUUCUCCUGGUGUCUAUUGGAGGUAUCGUGAUGUUGGUAGCCAUAGUGAUGGCAAUCCGGCGUCACAAACGUGUUCGUAGAGAGUACCAUUUUCAGCGGAUGACAUUCAACACAGACAAUGAUGAUGAUGAUGAUGAUAAUGAUUUAUAACUUAGUAGCCAAAUAUACGCAUUGCGUAUAAUAACAUUCAUUCACAUUUCAUUGUUUUGUAUAAUAUAGAUUUAUAAAAAAACAAACAUAAUAUUGCACGUAUGCUGUACGUAUGAAUGUUACAGUCUGGUAAUGGACAAC